AUGGUCCGUGGUCGUCCAACGCGAGGAGGAAGCGCAAGAAAAUCCAAAAAUCAGAAGACCGAAACCGUGACGGAUGAGAAAUUCGCCAGUUUGAAGCCGUUUGGAUCAUUUGUCGUGUCAGAUCCAGAAACUAAUGAAGGCCACAAAUUCAAGAAGGAGGAUAACGUCGCCAUUCUACCACAUGGACGCGAUCCAGGUAACCAUAUUGAAGACGAAGAGUACUGGAUUGCCAAAAUCAAGGACAUACGCGCGGAAUUACACGAGGAUGGUUCAAAUACGGUAUGGGCACGAGUUCAGUGGUUUUACUCUGCCGACGAUGUGGCGAGUGUUAUAAAAUCAUUUGACAAAUCUACCAUCGGAAAAUAUGAAAAGAUAUUCUCGGACCAUUAUGACUAUGUCGGGCCAGAAUCAUUCAAUGCUAUCAUUCCUAUGGCCAAGUUUUACGAAAAUGAUCCUGAGCCGCCGUAUAUUCCCUGGGACAAGUUCUAUCGGCGGUAUACUUUUGAAUAUAAAGCAAGGAUGCUCAAGCCGAAACCGGCCUCGAAAUCUAAGGAAAGCGCAACCACCUUCGUAUCAGGAAACUCUUCUCAGGCUACAGUUUCCGAUAUUCCGAAAAAGAGAAAACGUGGUGAACGCGGCUCCCUUCUCUCAGACAGCACCAAAUCGACUCCCGAUUAUUCGGAAGGGAAUCUUACUCCAAGCAACCCCAUAUUUAGUCGCUCGUUCCGCCUGCUCUCCUGCUCUCCCGAUACAGACGAAACCAUAAAUCUUCAAUCUCUCAUCCCACUGACUGUUCAGAGCCCCACCGAGUUAAACGAAGCGGAAGAGAUCGUCAUUUCACGACCUGCUAUGAAAAAGAGAAAAGGUCGUCGCUCUGUUAUCAAGAAUCAUGUCCCCUCGGCACCUCCCCGUCGGCCAAAACAGACGAUCGUUGAAGCCCUCGGAUCUGUCCCUUUUGAACUGUUACACAUUGCUGAGCAACCACUUGUUCGUGGCGCAGCGUUUGCGAAUGGUGGUAUUUCGGGCAACAUCGCAUUUGUGACUCGCGCUCGUAGACUUCUGUAUAAAUUGCUGCAAGGUGAACCUAUGCCCGAACGUUGGGAAGAUGAAAUCUUUGUCCAGGGUGAAGGCGCUGAUUUAACAAAUGCAAUUGUGAAGAUUGGGGCUUCACAACGACCUUUCCCUCCUUUUGUGUGUCCGAAUUGCAAGAGUGCGAUCUGA